UACGCAAUGAAGAACGCUACUCUGAUCAUCUUUAUCCUGCUGGCGGGAAACAUCUUGACGUUAUUUUACGUCUUCUCCGGAAAAUUCAGCAUCUUGGGAAGGUACGUCACAAGAGGAUUGGCCAAUCAGCGAGCAUCACCGACUGCUCACGAUCGUGUCCACGAUCUAUCCCGACUGUUGCCGAGGCCCGUCGACUUUGAACGACACACAGCCGACAUUAACGACAGCAAAACGAACGAUUCACGACUACAGCCGAAGGUUACGGAAUCGCCCGAAGAGCAGGAAGGCAGUGUUCUAAUCCUAACUCCCGUUGCUGGAAAAAUCAAGGCAGUACCAAAAUAUCUUGCGUUGGUCAAAUCCCUUACGUAUCCCCGCUCAAAGACAUCUAUAGCAAUCCUUAUGAGUAACAUUCACGACGAAGAAUCCUUGAACAACAUACACGCCAUGAUGGCGGAAUUGAACGAUGAAUUCAAAAGUGCCAGGCUGUUUAGAAAAGACUAUGAAAAGAUUGUGAUUGGUCCCGAGCGGCACUCGGAAUGGAUGCAGAAGGAGAGGAGAAGAAUCCUGGCGCAGAGUCGGAACCAGCUACUCCUCAGGGCCCUGGGGUCGGAACAGUGGGUCCUGUGGUUAGACUUUGACCUGAUCGCCCUCCCACCAAACAUCACGGAGACUCUGAUAGAGGCAGACAAGCCCAUAGUCGCCCCACACUGUGUGUACGGACCGCAGAACGACACAUACGAUCUCAACUCUUACAAGGAAACUAAGGAUUUUCACCAGUGGAAGAGACUGACCAUGAAGUCGGACGACGAGCUUCUCCUAGCAGGUUACGCUGACUCUCCACCCGGGAGACUGUACAUGAGGGACUUGAGGAAAAAGGGCAUCAAACUGACGGAGCUGGAUGCUGUGGGCGGCACCUGUCUUCUGGUCAAAGGUCGUCUCCAUAGAGACGGGCUCAUAUUCCCGCCUUACGUCAUGGACAAUAAACUGGAAACCGAGGGUUUGGUCGCAAUGGCCAAGAAAAUGGGCUAUCAGGCUUAUGGCUUACCCCAGGUCAUUGUCAGACACUGAUGUAGCAGGUGGAUCCAGCCGCCCAAAACCGGGAGAAAUUAGCAGUAGUAGACUAUUCUUC